CAUGUCGACGCCCAGAGCUCCUCCGAGUCUGGCCACGGCGGCGACGGCUAUCCUGGCCGUCCUGGCCGCGGCGCUUGUCACCACCGGAGCUCGCGCCCAAAUGUGCGGUGCGCAGGCCAACGGACGGAAGUGCGAAAACUGCCUCUGCUGCAGCCGCUUCGGGUUCUGCGGCAACACGGCCGACUACUGCGGCGACGGUUGCCAGAGCCAGUGCAGCGGCUGCGGCCCCACUUCUCCCGGCGGCCAGGGCGUGGCGUCCAUCGUGUCCAGGGAGCUCUUCGAGCGGCUCCUCCUCCACCGCAACGACGCGGCGUGCCCGGCCAGCGGGUUCUACACGUACGACGCGUUCCUCGCUGCUGCCGAGGCGUUCCCUACCUUCGCCGGCACGACGUUCAGCACCAACACCCGGAAGCGGGAGGUGGCCGCGUUCCUGGGCCAGACAUCCCACGAGACCACCGGCGGGUGGCCGACGGCGCCCGACAGCCCCUACUCGUGGGGCUACUGCUUCAAGCGGGAGAGGAACCCGGCGUCCAGCUACUGCGAGCCCAGCACGGAGUGGCCGUGCGCGACCGACAUGCAGUACUAUGGCCGCGGUCCCAUCCAGCUCUCCUACAACUACAACUACGGCCCGGCGGGCCGCGCGAUCGGCGUGGACCUGCUGAACCAGCCGGCGCUGGUGGAGAUAGACCCGGUGGUCUCAUUCAAGACGGCCCUAUGGUUCUGGAUGACCCCGCAGGCUAACAAGCCGUCGUCCCACGCCGUGAUCACGGGGCAGUGGAUGCUGACGGCCGCGGACAUGGCCGCCGGCCGGUUUCCCGGAUACGGCGUGAUCACCAACAUCAUCAACGGCGGGCUCGAGUGCGGGAUCGGACCGGACCCACGGGUGGCCGACCGGAUUGGGUUCUAUAAGCGCUACUGCAACGUUCUCGGUGUCGGCUACGGGAGUAACCUCGACUGCGACAGGCAGAGGCCAUUCUCCAGCUGAGAAAGCAGCUUCUCACUUGAGCUCGCGGGGCCACCCACAAGUGGCUCUCGUGCUCCGGCUUCCAUCAAGGCCCGAUCGAUUGGCUACCCAUUGGCAAUUUCUCUUAUUGUCUUGGAGAGAUCAUUUCCUUUUUUCUUACGGAGGCGGAAAACAGAAAACCCAAGAUCCUUUUUCCAAGGACCGAUCAUGUUUGAUUCACCAUCUCCAACUGCAUCAUUCGUUGUUCCCAGGCAUUGUGGGGAGCAUGUUCACUCUGCACCAUCUUCACAAACAACACCUUCUACAUCCCUACGGUCACCCCCAUUUGUAGACCAUGGAGAUACAUCUGUGUUCGUUUAUGUAUGUUAGUUGCUAGCUACUUUAUGUAUGUUCGUUUAUGUAUCCAUACAUUCAUAUUGCUAUUCAUAUUCUUCCAAA